AUGGUGAAGGUUGAGCAGGAGGAGGAGACAGAUGUGCCUCGGGUUGAAGGGAAGGAGCAGGUUGAGCAUCGGAGCUCUGUGGGCCUCUCCAUAGCUGCCAUGGUCCUCCUGGCCUUCAUUCUCACCGCCUGUGGGCUCUGCUACCUGUUCAUCAGCUCAAAGCCCCAUGCAAAGCUGGACCCAGGCUUAAGCUUACAGACAACAGGCCCAAAGGAGAUACCACCUGACUGCCACAGUUUGAACACAGCCAUGACAGUGGAGGUGCAGGGGAUGAGUCCUCCCAGGCAGUGUUACGUAACACUGGAAAGCCAUGAGAGACAGGCUCUGGGUUCCAGAAGUAUCUUCCAGCACGGCUUCAUGGCCACAGUGACUGCCAGUGACAUUCCAGGCAGCCCUAAGAAGAUACCUGUCCCCACCAAUGACCCAUGUGGACUAGUUCCAUAA